AUGGGAAAUCAGACCAAUAGCGCCUUACUCAUCGCGUUUCUGGCUGUCGCAUUUGCCUCAAACCCAGACUCUGACUCGUUUCGAAAAUACAUUGAACAAAACUUACAGCAAAAUGGCUCAACAUCUUGGCUGGAACGCAAAUUCGUCUCGAAUGCUGCUCUAAUGCUAUACACUCGCCAAGACUACAAGUUCUUUUCUAUUGUGGAUGUGCCUGAGAACGAGUCGUUUUUGUAA